GAGUGUUUGACCCAAAUCCUCACCAUGCUCCAUGAAGAAACGGCGCAUGUGGAGAACUCUUCAACGCGUGGUGCUCAGGCUGGUGCGACUGCUGUGGACGAUGAGGAUAAUGACGAAUCGGAUUGGAUUGUGACUGAUCGAACAGGAAAACGUCGCCCAGAGGCCCGUAAGACGGAAUUGGAUGGUGGAUCAAGUCCGAUUUCACGUCUUUUCUCCGGAGUUUUAUUGAACCGAUCCACGGUGAAUCACGCCGCUGCACGUCGCGGCGGUGCACGUGGUUCUGCUGGCUCGUUGUCCCGUCCAGUCUCCGUGGACGCACUCACUCGAAAUGCGACCCACGUAUCUGUGGCUGAACCGUUCUUCAUUCUGCCGUUGGAAAUCAAUGAUCCGAAGGUCAAUUCGAUUGAGUCCGCUUUGCUCUCUCUGUCUGAUCGUGAAGAGGUGUCCGACUAUCAUGACGCCUUAACCGGUAUGGUUUCCACAGUUCGUCGGCACGCUUGCAUCGACCAAUUACCUCCGUUUUUUCUGCUCCAAUUGAAACGGUUUGCAUACGAUUCAUCGACCGAGGCUCCCGGUGGGACCAUGCGCAAAUCACUCAAAUUGGUUCCCGUUCGACAGGAACUUGUGAUUCCACUUAAACUGUUAAGUGGCGAGAAAAAAUUCUCCCCAGAGCAACGCACCUAUCGACUUCGUGCGGUCAUCUUCCACGUCGGUUUGACUGCCACAUCCGGGCACUACACGGUGGCCGUACGAUGCGGUCCUGGUCAGGAGCCCCAUGUACCAGUCUCGAAUCAGGCUGCACCGGCACGUGACACGGCCUCUCCUGCGUGCACCGACCUCUCUUCCACAUUUCUGUACUUGGACGACACACAUGGCUGUCUGGUCCCGGACGGAGAGUCACAACGGUUACUGUUUUCCACGCAUCGCCCAUUGAACGUUCGAACGGGCAUGUCAUUUCACUCGACCGCUUGUGUUAAAUCCGGAACACGGGCGGAAUUGAAUUGUGGUAUCGAUCUGAUUCUACUGGUACGGAAGGAACCAGUUCGACAAUUUGCUAAGGGCCACAAGGUCUCCCCUCGAUCCGGGGGUGCUUAG